AACAACAUUCAUCGUAACACUUUUAGUCAUGAACGAGCAUCAUCUGUUCUGACCAGCCUUAGCUUCCAUCAUCAUUCAUCAUAAUACUUCUAGUCAUAAACCGGCAUCAUCCGUUCCGACUAUUUUCCCUCCGUACGCAAUGGUACCUUAAUUAGUGAAAUAAGUCAGCCCAUUAAUCAACACCUUAUCGCUUAAAAUAUGUAAUAUACGAUCAAACACAAUAUACAAUCAACCGUUUUGUUCUAGAAUGAAACAAUCAUCCUUUCAAUUUUAAGCGACGGCAUCUGAUACUGUAUUUAACUAAUUACUAACGAUAAAAACACAUUCAUUUCAAAAUAAUAAAUACCUACAAUGAUAACAUAAUGCAAUAAUAAAAGAUGUUAAAUUGUUGUACCAGUAGUCGACAGAUAUUUAAUCGGUACUCGAAACCGAUAGACAAGUGGGUAGUUACAAUAAAAACAUACUUCGAAUAAUAACUAGUUAUAUUCCUAACCCAUCAAUGUAGCAGAGCCUUAAGCUCUCACGCUGCGGUAGAGCCCAACGCAGCACUUUUCUUAUCAGUCGACCCGCCCGGGCGACUUGUUAUUGUAACUAUAGUCCGUAAGAUAGUCUUAAGUUUCUAUUGUAUUAGAAUUAAUUAAUAAAUAUGUUUUAAUUAAGCAGUCUUACAUCAAACUCUGUGAGCUCGGGUCGUAAAUAAUAAAAUCUUAUUUCGUCUCUUUAAAUAUUAAUUUUUAUUUCUAUUUUUAAAAAGACAAUUUCCCGCUCCCGAAAUCUAACUGGCGCAGCCGGUAGGAUUGCUGGUUGUUGCCUUCGCGAAAGUUUCGCGUGUGUAAAGCUGUGAAAAGUGGAAAACUCACGUAGAAAAGUGUUUCGCGAGUGGUCACUAUACAUAGAGUUGUUUUUACUUAACAUCAGUACGGCGCUCUAUCAAGGCAAUCCUCGAACCAAAUAAAUAAGUUAGAUAUCGCGUAAAACAACGCAGGUGAGCAGAGAUGGUGCUAGUUUAUAAGGCGGUUGGACAGUGAGUACCCUUCUACUUCCUCCCCAAUUUCCCAGCACAUUUUUUUUAAUAGAAUUUUAACUUGCGUGUAUUCUUGUGUUGAUAAAAUUUUAACAUUGUCUUUUUCUAGUGUGAAUUUUUAUAGAAUCUGAAAAAUCAUAUGAAAAAUUUUCACAUAUUAUAAAAUUUAAUAGCGAAAAUAUAGAAAUUAAAUUGAAUAACUAGCAAGUAAGAUUAUAGUGAAUAAUAUCCUUACUAUAUUAAAGUAGUAAUAUUCUACAUUUUCUUUUAUAAGUUUUUCAUAUGAUUAAGAAUUUAACCUUGCAAUUUGAAACUCAAAUUGCUUUUAAUUUUAUUUUUACAUUGAUUUCUUUCUAAUUAACUUUAACGUGUACUUUUAUAUUUUACUUUAAAAUAUAAUAAAAAAAAAUGAAUCAAGGUCAAAUUCCUUUAUCUACGGCGGAGGCGGUGGCAGCUGUGCCUCUACCGGAGACAACGAUACCCCGAGAUGUGUUAAGAUUAAUUCCUGAAUAUAGCGGCGAAACUAAUUUACUUAGUUUAUUUUUACGAAAGUGCAAAUAUGUUAUCGAAAGGUAUCAAGGAACCGUAGAGCGGAAUGAAUUUUUAAUGCAAAUAAUUACCAGUAAACUAAAGGGGAAAGCGGCAGCCCUUAUAAGUGAAAGGGGCGACUUUGAUACUUAUAAUGAAUUAAAAUCUUUGUUGAUUCAACAUUUUGGCGAUCCCAGGAGUGAGGAGUGCGUAGCGAUAGAGUUGGAAACCCUAAAAAUUAAACAUAAUGAGUCAUAUUUAGAAUUUUGCAGUCGUAUACAGGAUAUUCGUGCGAUAUUAAUGUCGAAAGUUAAUCAGAAUAGCUCUUUAUCAUUAAGAGAAGCUAAGCGUGUGAUCUAUAACAAUACUUCGCUUAAUGUUUUCAUGUAUAAUUUACCAGAACAUAUGGUACGGAUUGUUCGAAUUAAAAACCCGGAUUCAUUGGAAGAGGCGUUAAAACAUGUGCUUGAAGAGGUUAACUUUCAGGAACAAUAUAAUUUACGCAGUAAGAUGUUGCAACACCGUCCGCAAAGUUCGUUAUUACCAUCACGCGAUAAAGGCUUUGUUUUUAAUUCAACAAAUCCGAAACCUAUUUUAACACAGCCUCCAUUGCAAUAUAAUAAUAAUUUCAGGCCUCUCGCAAAUCAACCUCAAUUUAAAUUCGGCAUACCUAAUCAAAAUUUUGUGCGCCCAAAUAUGCCAAAUCAGCAGAAUGGUUUCCGACCUCCAUUGAAUCAGUUUGGAUACAAGCCUCCGGUUCAAUUUGGGUAUAGACCACCUGUCUUUGGCCCCAAACAACCUCAACAAUUUGGCUAUAGACCCCAGGUGGGACAGUUUGGUUACAGACACCCUCAACCUUCAGGCUACCAGCCACCCAAGGCUCUCUUGAACGAUCGUGACGUGACCAUGAGAACAGCCCCAGCACCGGCGAAGCCACAACAAGGUUUCCCUGUAAAUGAGCUUUAUUCUGAUGACGAGCGACAAUAUUAUAAUCCAAACGAUGCUUACAAUGAUAACACUUAUUAUAAUAUGACGAACGACUAUGACUACGAUUAUACAAACAUGUAUUCUAGCGAUGGUUGUGCAGAUCAGUACCCCGACGCGGAAUACGCUGAAAACGUAGAUAUUCCGCAAUCUACUGAAAGUAACAAAGAUUCAAAUGAUGUGCAAAAUUUUCAAAUAAAUUCGAUCCAAUCAUACCAGAAAUGAUUGAGCUUAAUUAUGACGCUAACUUAAGACACCCUUAUAUAUAUAUCCCCGAUAUAGAUGGUAAAUUUAUGUUG